AUGGCAUCAUAUAUACCCACUGAUUUGACAACAAUAUGUAAAGACGUGAAUCAGGGGCAAAGCCACAAAAAAUCAAGUAAAUUUGUUCACUAUGAAGAGCAGAAUUACCAAGGUGUCACCCCAUCGCAGGAUCAACCAGCUCCAACGACAGAAAACGAAACACUGAUAUGUAGACCAUGUCCUGCAUCCUCGAAGUCAGAAAAAACAGAAGAUUAUCUUCCAGAAAGUAGAACUCAACAGGUUGUUGAUCCAAAACCAGUUCCCCAGAAGAAGAAAGAGAAAGCAAAGGAAAAAAAGGAUCAAACUUAUCCUUCGCCGAAAGCCAAGGAGAAAAGGCUUAUAUCCUAUGAUAGGACAGAACCAGAGGAUGACAAUGUGAUUAGACAUAUCCUCAGGCUGAGAAGAAAGCUUGGGUGGCAGACAAAAUUACCCCACUGUAAGUUGGAUUACUGGAAUCCCGAAACUACAGUUCAGAAGAUUACUGUAAAGAAACCUUUGGAAGAUGAUGGCGAAUUUGUAUAUUGCCUUCCUCAGAAAGACCCUAACGUCUUUUGUAAUCCAUACAAUCUUCAGGUGGUCUCUGCCCACAAAGCUAGAAAUUGCAAAGAAUUUUGGACUGUGACUGCUUCAUUCGUUUCAAAGGUUACCAAAAUAGGUGUCGUGGAAGAUGUAGAACUCAUACCUACUCUGGAAUGGCUAAUAGAAAGGAGAUUUUUCUACAUAUUACAAAAAUUCAAGAUCGUUUCUAAUUUUCGAAUGAAUAAAGCAUUUGUUACUUGGAAAUUGACUGUUAAAAGAAUUAAGACAAACAGAAGCAGGUCGUUUCUGUACUGCCAUCUUUUCUGGGCUGAUGAGCUAUUUCAAAGCUACCUGCUUUACGUAAAGAGACUUUGUGAAGAUGCUUUUAAUCGCAGAAAUGAUGACGGAUGUGAAGAUAAUUCAUCGGCCAUGUGCCUUGUAAAGCUGGAUACGUCUCGGACAUACUCUCUGGAUGAAUUUUGUGAGGAACAGUUACAGCAAGCUUCCCGCACAUUCAAACGACUUGAGGAUAUCAGGGAUAAAGCCAUUGCAGAAAUGAAAAGUACACUUUUAAAGGUAGCAGAAAAGGAAGAAAUUAGAGAAUUUUUUGAGUCAAGCUUCUCUAAAGCUGCCAGAUCGCAUUUCAAGCUGCCUGUAUAUCGACGUUUAUUAAAAAAAUUUUUGAGGUUUUUCAUGCUGGUUGACUACAUAUUUCAGGAGCUCAUCCGCCAGCUGAUGAACACUGCAGUUACCCUGCUUUUGGAAUUAUUUCAUAGUUCUGCUAGAAUGCCAUUUACAGCAGAAAAAAGGAAUGAAAACCUAAUCAAAACACACAAGGAUAUCUUUGCUCUUACUGGAAAGAUAACAAAUGAUUAUGAAGAACUUGUCAUUAAUUCAAACUUAUAUGCUACUUCUGUUCCAAAGUUGGACUUAAAAGCAGAAGCUGAUAUUAAUGAGAUUUUCAAUUCCAUUAAAUUGGAUAAGGACUUGACAAAAUAUGCACCGGUAUUUGAAGUCAAUCUACACUUGAGAAUUCCUUCUGAGAGUGAUUCUUCGAGCAGCUCCAGGGAGAGCUACCAGGAAUCCGAGCAGUUCUCUGAGAAAUCCGUGCUGUCCCAGGAGGAGGAGGUAGCGGAAAGUGAAGUCAGCAGCGUCAAACCCUCAAGCGAGGAGCUCCUAAUAAUGCAGCCAAAACCCAAGACUUUGAACCUUGUAGAAAUCCUUUCAGAUAUAGAAGCCAUGGAUGAUUUCGAUAGUAAAACCGAGAAUGAUGAAUUUUUAGAAUUCCCUACGAAUCUCUCAAUUGCUCCCAACAGACGGGACUUUUCGAUAAAAAUUCAGAAUAUGCUGGCCGAUCUUGAGAAAUGCAUAACCCAAAUUAUUCCUCUUAACCAAGAUCCCCGCCUGUCUGAUUUUACUGAUCCGGAGUUACUGAAUGCAGCACAAAGUGGGGCAGACCCUAAGGAGCAAGCCAUAUGGCCCGAUUGUCAGAUCCUGUUCGAAAUGGACCCUACCUACCAAAAUAAAAUCGUGUGUCUCCUGACCAUCCUUGGCAACUCGAUGAACCUGGUGAACGGUUACAGCCGCAGGUUCAUAAAAUACUGCGUGAUGGUGGAGCGGGCCAAAGUCGCGAGUAUGAAAAUCGCCACGAUGGAAGAGCUGACGUCCGCCGAGUUUAGAACCAUCCUCGGCAAGUUCCUCAACUACCUCAGAGACGUGGUGAGCAUGGUCACGGAGAAGCGCCUCGGCAUCUUCCACGUGGUCAGCGCCGACUACCAGUCGGAAUGCCUGCCGCACGUGGAGGACAUCCUGCAGACCAGCCAGGACCUCCUGCGGUCCGUCAUCGAGAAGAAGAACACGAAUCUACUGGAGGUUAUAGACUCAUCAUUGAAAAGACUGGAGUGUCAUCCCAUUGAAAUAGAAGAAUUUGUGGAACAUUUUACUUUUCUGGAUGCAAUUUCCUCCAGAAUACCUAAAUUAGAGAAAGAGUACUCCACCAUUGCUCAACUGUAUUCUGUUCUGAGUUAUUACCAGGUCUAUAUUUCAGAAGAGCAAGUCGCCACCUAUAAAGUCCUUCUGAUCAGGUUUAAUCAACUCAAAAGUGCUGUCAAGCUGAGCAAACUGAACAAGGACGCUGCCAUUGGCAAGUUCCGAGACAACCUGGAAGCCUACGUCACUGGCCUGCGGACCGACGCCAGUCAUUUAAAGGCCAAGGUGAAGACGCCUGUUCUGUUACACAUGGGGACCCCGGCGUCCACCGCGAUGGAAAUGGUCCAGGCCUUCUCCCAGGAAGCCGCCACCCUCGCCAACAAGGUCCAGAUCUGCGCCAACUACCAGGAGUCGAUCAGCGAGGCCCCGUCGCACCUGCACCCCCUGAACGUGGAGGAGCUCACCCAGGCGGUGGCGGCCGAGAUCUCCGACAUCGACUAUGAGCUGACCUUGAGGAAGAUCCUGUGGGAGGCGCAGGAGGAGUGGCGAGCGCUCUUCCAGGAGUGGAGGGCCAGCACCCUUCAGGACAUUGACAUAGAGUCGGUGCAGAGCAACGUGUCCAAGUGGCUGAGCCUGAUCUUGGUCCUGGAAAAAGACCUACCCCAGAACAACAUGGUAGCGUACCUGAAGCAGUCGGUGACCAGCUUUAAGCAAGAGCUGCCCAUCAUCAUCGCCCUGGGGAACCCCUGUCUCAAGCCCCGGCACUGGGAGGCCUUCCAGGAGAUCAUUGGGAAGUCCAUCACCCUGGAUAGAAACUGUACCAUAGAGAGCCUUCUCGUGCUCAAGAUGUGUCAGUAUGAAAAGGAAAUCAAUGAAAUCUCCACCUCGGCCACGCACGAAGCUGCUCUGGAAAAGCUGCUGUUUAAGAUCAUCGACCUUUGGAAGACGACCCCUUUGCACUUGGUCCUUCAUCACACGGAGACGGACGAGAUCCUCAUCAUUUCGUCUCUGGAUGACUUGCUGGCCCAGUUGGAGGAGUCUCAGAUCAUGCUCGCCACCGUGAAAGGGUCCUCGUAUAGCGAGCCCAUUAAGGGUCUUGUGGAUAAAUGGGACCAAAAGUUGACUCUCUUCUCAUACACCCUGGAGGAGUGGGUGAACUGUCAAAGAUCUUGGCUUUACCUUGAACCAGUCUUCAAUUCUUUGGAGGUAAAAAGGCAGCUCCCAGCAGAAUCGGAACUCUUCUCUCAGGUGAUGGACAUGUGGAAGGAGAUCAUGUUAAAAAUCCAAAACAAGCUGAACGCCUUGGGAAUAGCCAUCUCCACGGGCGUCCUGGGGAUCCUGAGAAACUGUAACGUCUCUCUCGAACGGAUAAAGAAAAGUCUGGAGGACUACCUUGAAGUUAAAAGGAUGAUUUUCCCAAGAUUCUACUUCCUUAGCAACGAGGAACUUCUCGCGAUCCUGGCGGGGAGCAGGGACCCCGAGUCUGUCCAGCCCCACCUGGUGAAAUGCUUUGAGAAAAAUAAGCAGCUGCUGAUCUGGAAGCAGGAGGUCGGCCCUCCCACCGUGAUCAUGCUCAUCUCCAACGAAGGAGAAGCCCUGUUACUGCCCAAGAAAAUUCGUGUAAGAAAUGCUGUGGAACAGUGGCUGGAAAACGUAGAGAAGAGCAUGUUUGACGUGCUAAAAAAGUUUGUGAAGGAAGGGAUCGAGGAAUGGAGCCGCCAGCAAUUUUCCAGCUGGGUGGUGUCUCACCCAGGACAAGUGGUGCUCACCGUGAGCCAGAUCAUAUUUUACAACGAUUGCACCAGAAGUUUCAUGAGUCCUGAUCCGAGAGAAGGGCUGGAAAAGGCCCACGCGGACCUGAUACAGCACUUAGAGCAGAUCGCAGAGCUGGUGGUGCAGGACACGAGCAACGCGCGGACGAAAGUGGUCCUGGGGGCAUUGAUCACCCUCUACGUUCACUGCAAAGACAUAGUGAGCGAUUUGCUGCUUAAAAAUAUCUUCAGCGCCGAGGAUUUCGAGUGGACAAGACAUCUGCAGUAUAAAUGGAACGAAAAACAGAUGUUGUGCUACGUCUCCCAAGGCGAUGCCAGGUUCACGUACGGCUACGAGUACUUGGGCUGCACCCCGAGGCUGGUCGUCACGCCUCUCACCAACAGAUGCUGGCUGACUCUCACCGGGGCGCUGCACCUGAACAUGGGGGGCUGCCCCUCGGGCCCCAACGGCACGGGAAAAACGGAGAGUGUCAAAGACCUGGCCAAAUCCUUAGGUAAACACUGUGUUGUCUUCAACUGCUUUGAGGAUCUGGAUUAUAAGAUAAUGGGAAGAUUCUUCUUCGGACUAGUUCAGUCAGGAGCGUGGUUUUGUUUCGAUGAAUUCAAUCAGAUUGAUGUGGAAAUCCACUCCGUCAUUGCUUCCCUGAUCCAAACAAUUAAGGCGGCUAAAGACAGCUACUCCGUCAGGUUUGAACUGGAAGGAAAGAAGAUUCGUAUCAACCUGUCGUGUGCAGUGUUCAUCACCGUGAAUUACGGGAACAAGGGACACGUGGGUCUCCCCAAUACCUUAAAGUCCCUCUUCCGCCCGGUGGCCAUGGUGGCGCCCCAUUACGAAAUGAUCGCCGAGAUCAGCCUGUUGGCGGUCGGCUUCCAGUCUGCAAAGUCGCUGUCCAGGAAGCUGGUGAACCUGUACGGACUGGCCAGCACGCAGCUCUCCCAGCAGGAUCAUUAUAAUUUUGGCCUGAGGGCCCUGAAGACAAUUAUAAUAAUGGCAGGAAAGAAGCGGAAGCUUAAAAGCCUCUCUGAAGCCGAGGAGACGCUGAUCGUCAUCGAAGCCGUGCGAGAAGCCAGUCUGCCCACCUGCACCGCCAGCGACGUCCUUUUUUUUGAGAACAUCAUCCGAGAUACU